AUCUAUAUUUUCUUAUAUUAUCUGUGCUCGAUAUGUCGUAAAGCUCAAUUCCGUAAUUAUAAUAUGUAUAUAUGCAUAUAAACUACACCCUAGUGUGUUAUCUAGUUUAUCAGAAUUAUCAUCAUCAAUGUUACGCGCUCAAAGAUAAUAUUCCAAUUGAAAUUUUAUCAUAUAGAUAGUCACACCAAAGUAAUAUUGCUCGGAUAACAUAAGAAUAAUGAGUACGAAGUUCUUAUUUAUCGAAUCGGUGGAGAUUUUGCGGAGCACCUUACCGCAUUAUCAUACCUUUUUGGAAGUGAUCCUGGUGAUUUGGCUGGCUUGGUUCAUCUCCAAAAGACGCAACCAUUCUCUACCCCCAAGAGACCUGGUGGAACGUAAAUUAGCCGAAUAUCGACCAGAAUCCCUGGUCCCGGAACCCCCGGAGGGCCAUCCCUCGCUGAACCCCAAAUACGUCACCUCUAGGAUCGGGAAACGAAUAACGGUGAAUGGCAAAGAUUGUCUCAAUUUGGGUACCCAUAAUUAUUUGGGACUGAGCGACAGUGAGGAAAUAGUUAAAAGCGGGGUGGCGGCCAUUGAGAAAUAUGGCGUCGGUUCUUGCGGUCCACGAGGUUUCUACGGCACCGUCGACGUGCAUCUCGAACUGGAGGAACGUCUCGCAAAUUUUAUGAACGUCGAGGAGGCCAUCAUCUACUCCUACGGAUUCCCUACUGUGGCGUCCGCCAUUCCGGCUUAUUGCAAACGUAACGACUUGCUAUUCGUAGAUAGCCAGGUGAACUUCGCCAUUCAGAAAGGAUUGGACGCGUCUCGUGGAAAUAUUCAAUAUUUUGAACACAAUAAUGUUCAGGAUUUUCAUAGGCUCUUGAUGGAGCAAGCCGAAGUUGAUAAGCAACAUUCUAAGAAGGCAAAAAUCAAACGUUUCUUGAUUAUAGAGGGUAUAUAUAUGAAUACGGGAAACAUUUGUCCUUUACCAGAAUUGUUAGAGCUUUGCAAGAAAUAUAAAUUGAGGAUUUUUAUCGACGAAUCGAUAUCGUUUGGCACCGUCGGUUUGCAUGGAAAGGGUGUUACUGAAUAUUUUAACAUUCCCAGAAGCGAGAUAGACCUGAUAAUGGGUUCUUUGGAAGGGGCUAUAGGAACUAUUGGAGGCUUUUGUGUAGGAACAUCAUUUGUUAUUGAUCAUCAACGAUUAUCUGGACUCGGUUAUUGCUUCUCAGCAUCUCAGCCACCCCUUUUAGCAUCCGCUGCUAUUACUUCGUUAGAUAUUAUGGAAAAUAAUUUACAAAUAUUUCAAUUAUUGAAAAACAAUGCCUUAGCAAUGGACAGUGGUCUUAAACAAAUACCAAUGUUAGAGUGCUUAAGCUUUGCGGAAUCUCCUUUGAAGCAUAUAUAUUUAAAAGAGAAAAAAGAACGUGCUAUUGAAGAAAAAUUAUUAUCAGCAAUAUCUAGUAGAUGUAUGGAAAAUAAUUUGGCAGUUAUACUUCCUGCUUAUUUGGAAGUGGAAAAAAUUUUACCUAGACCUAGUCUUAGACUUUGUAUAUCUGCUAGCUUAAAUAAAAGUAAUAUCAAUUUUGCAUUAAAUGUUUUAAAAAAAUGUACAGAGGAAGUUUUAUCAUUUCAUGAUUGA